AUGGCCAAACGUCAACGAGAGAGCUCCAUCUCGGAGCGGUCCCUACAUUUGAAGCAGAGURAGACGGAGGACAACGUCCACACCCCCAAGUUCACUCACUUGGAGAUGCCAGACAUCAAGGCUGUUAAGAUGAAAUGCUCCCUGCCUCCGCACAAGACACUCAUAUUCGACUCAUACCCGGAGUACGAGACGCAUUACAACAAGGCGCAUACAAAUCGCUGCAGUGAAUGUGACAAAAACUUCCCGAGCUCUCACUUUCUCGGCCUCCAUCAAUCUGAAAAUCACGAUCCGAUCAUGUCCUUGAAGCGAGAUCAGGGUGAGAAGACCCUUUCUUGCUUUGUUGAGGAUUGCGACAAAAUUUGCAUGGACUGGCAGAAGCGACGCAGUCACUUGGUCGACAAGCACGGGUUCCCGAAGAACUACGAUUUCUUCAUCGUGGCAACCGGCAUCGACGGCAGACGCAGCAUGCUACGGGCUGGGGUAGAUCCUCAGGGCCAUCGCAGAAGCAGUCGUGAGCGACGAGCUUCUUCCGGCACCAUAGAUACGCAGACGACCGAGGCUACGUCCGUCAGUCAGCAGUCCGACGAUUUUGCCGAGAGUCAUGGUGGCGAAUUGAAGUCCAAAAAACCUGCGGAAACAGAGGACCAAUCAAUAGACGCGGUCACCAAGUCGAUGUCUUCUCUGCAAUUCGUUCCGCGAAGCGUGACGUUCGGUAAACGCAAAGGGAAGUCAGGUUUUGCGAAAAGCUGA